CACCUGUCAAAAAGUGGUUUUAAUAAUAGAACACCUUUCAGCGCGAGAUACAAUGUUGAAAGUACGAGUGCGAUGCGCUAACGCGUGAAACCUUGCUCAGUGGUGAAGCUAAGAUUAUAAAGAUAGGCUGUUGCUGAAAACCAACGUUUAUGCACAAAAUUUGUUGGUCGUUGUAAGCUGAUUAGACUCUGUGAAUCUCAGCAGUGAGUGAUGUUGACAAUGACAGAUUGAAAGCCCGAUCGAAAGUUGAACUUCUCAACCAAUACUGAACAUGAUGGAAGUUUGAAUGAAGGUCACGUCAACCACAUACUGUAUGCAUAGCCUAGUGUAUUCAUUCAGGUCGCCCAUGAACAGAGCUUGUUUGGGAGGACUCCAUGAUGCAGCGUGAGGACGCGACGUGAUUGGCCCGUCCCAAAUUUCGCGCUUCCUGUUGACGCUGCUGCUAGACUGUGCACCCGAUACUGGUGAUGCCGGCUGGCUGUACAGUAUGUUACGCUCUCAACGUGCUCGCUGUAGAUUUGUAACACCCCUCAUAGGUGGCAAAAGGGCAGGAUCUUUACAGCGUCAGCCAUCUUUGAAAAGUGCACCAUCUUGGAGCUGUGUCCACUUUGCAUCAAGAUCACACGCACUCACCCAAACUGGUUCAAGGCUUCAAGCACAAUGGUAGCACAAUUCCCAGGGGAGAAAUGACAACUUGGGUGAUCCUGCUGAUCAGCAAAUUUGAUCUCCCCCCCCCCAGCCUCCCUUCCAAACUAAAAAUUUACAUCGGCAAACACGACCUAUUGCCACAGGCAACUAUAUCCUGUCAGAGGAACUUGACGCACGGCUGGCUCUGGCUAUGAUGAACAGGGGCGGUUGUGUUUGGUAAACAACAGGACAGCUAGCACACGCACAGGGGCAGAGCAGGCAGGUAGUAGGCAGUCUGGAGGGUUGUUUUGGGAGAAUGAGAGUCCUGCGCUACAAGCUGAGCCGUCUGUGCCGAUCGCGGCUCGCAAAUGCCCUCCUCUCGGCCCUGGGCCUGGCCAGCUUCUCCCUCUACCUCAUCUACCAGUCAGACUCCAUGAUGCUGAUCAAAUCCGCCACUUCCAUCGGCCAAAUGGACAGGACCUUUGAUAGGACAUUGGAAGCGGGUCUGGUUGCUGGCGAGAGCAGGGACAGUCUGUCUGUCGCAGGCCCCGGACGGCUGAAGACAGAGCGAGCCAAGCUGGAAGACGGAGCAGUAAAGAAGAGAAAGUCACGGAAGGAGGAAGUUGCAAUAGAGGACAGUCCAAUUUAUAAACAUCUAGAGCAGCUGGAAUCAAUGCUCCUGAAACAAGCCAAGACAUUGAAGUCCAGAUCCGUAGAGGUCAGAGGUCAACCAGAGGUGAUCAACCGUGACCUGCCACUCUACGAAAAGGCAUUCACCAAACAGGGUUUUAUUGUGCGGCAGCCCAGCAAUUAUGAAGAGGCUUAUAUUGUUAGUAACAACACCAGCGCUGCAUGGGAUAAUGGGCAACCGCAGGCGGUUUCCUCCACUGACUGGCGGGGUUGGACAGUCCUCCUGUGCCUGGCAUUCACCGACGGGGACUCGAAAGAUUGCCUGGACAGAAGCUCCUUUACAAAGUUACGCAGCAGCCAGAAGGUCAACAGAAUCCCCGGAAUUCGGAACAUUUUAUGGAAGAAGGACGGUUUCUGUCACACCAUGAACCAGGCUAGGAGAAUUCCAGCUUUAAAGAAAACUUACCUAUCGCCGGCAUGCUGGGUCAUGCCAAGUCAAUUUGACCAGUUCUUGGGAGUGGCCGAUGCAUCAGGAGAUGAAGUAUGGUGGGUGUUCAAAUCCACCAGCCCCGGCGGUAACAUUCAGGUCCUACAACCGACCAAAGAGAAAGACUAUGCAAGAGUUAAAGAAUUUCGUUUUAAGAAGGCAGUGGCACAACAGUAUUUCCCUAACCCGUUACUCAUCUUUGGCAUGCCAGUCAACAUCCGGGCCUAUGUCCUGGUCACGUCCAUCAACCCACUCAGGGCUUUCAUCCACUCCGAAGGGCUGGUUCACUUCAGGCACGACUACCCACGAGGCUUCAAGAAGAUUCCAAACAGGACCUGGUACCUGGCUCAGUUCAAGCAUUACCUGAAGUAUAACUUUGGCUAUGAUGCAGCCGAGAGGGCCUUCCAGAACCUGGCAGCAGUCAUCGUCCAGACCUUGCUGGUGGCCGAGUCGUCACUGGUGGCACACUUUGGCCGCUUCUCAGCCCAUCCAUGGGACGAACAUUACAGGUGCAAGAAUUGUUUUCAGCUUCUUGGAUUUGAUGUUAUUUUCAAUUCCACACUUCAUGCAAUGGUUGUUGAGGUCAAUGGACAGCCCCAUCUGCAAGCAAACAGUGACACCACCAACUGGGCUAGCAAGACCAUCAAACAGAACACCGUUGAUGAUGCCAUCUCCAUUCUCGUGUCUGAGACAAUGGUCGCCAAGGAUGUUGCCCUCGCACUUGAGCAUCUAAAUCUAAAUGUUGGAAUAUUAGGCGUGAACUGCCGCUCCAACAACCAGAUGUGUCUGACCCAGGAGGACUUGGAGUAUCUCCUAGCAACCAGACGAGAGACUGUCAACCGGGGAAGUUAUCAACAGCUGUACCCCUCCUACACCAGCCUGAAGUACAACAGCCUCCUACGAGACAUCCAGCACGUCCUCGUGUCUCAGCUGCAGUUAGACGACAUCCCGCCGUACAACCACCAGGGGGCGCUGCUCACCUCCCCGACGCACCGGCAUGGCACGGCAGAGCUCCAGCAUGUGCUGGCCAACCUGGAGCAGUAUUACUGGAGCAUGGACAGGGGUCAACAGCAGGUGAUGGCCGGGGCCGUCUGGAGAGAGACGCAGCAGAAUCUUGGCAACGUCACCAGUCCUCACUGGGAUACGGGACGCAGUGAUGUCUUGAUCGGCAGCGCAUUUGAGAUUGACCCAAUGUACAGGGAUCCACGAUACCACAGACCAAGAUGUAGUGAUGAUCCAUCAGCUGUGCCAGAACUCUUAGACCUCCGGACUGACCCCAUGAUCAUCCUCACCCCAACUUUUGACCCAAAGAUCACCGAGUACCAGGCUGUGGUGCCCCAUGAGAUGGCUCUCAUCAAAGUUUGGGGAUAUGCCAAGAGCUGUGACUGUGAGGCCAGGUUGGAGGACAGACACGGUGUGUCAAGACCCUCCAACUACACCUUAGGAGUUGGGGAGAACCGGAUCAGCAUGCUGGUGGUAGACAUCACCCACUCACAACCCUGGGUGGUCAGCACCUACACGGUGUUCAUGCAUCGCCGGAGUGUCACUGACGGGGAGGCAGACUUUGACCACACUGAGAGGCAUCAGGUCUGCAGCCUGGUGCAGGAAUGCACUCUGCAGUUUCUUCAGGGGUCUUCCUGUGGAUUGAGUUUAGUUCCUGAUCUCUCCUGGGAGGACUACGUCAAGUCUAAGCCACACCUGCCUUUGUGUUCCAGUGGUGACAUUCAAGGAGAGUGGUUGGUUCCCUGCAGCCACUGUGUAGACAAGAGGAGCUGUUACUGGAGGGAAUCUGUGUGGCAGCCCAAGGGAUGUCGGUACCCCGCUAUUGAACAGGACAAGUUACAGAAGUGUCUUGCUGGGAAAAAGCUUCUUUUCAUUGGAGAUUCCACCAAUCGGGGCAUAAUGUACUACCUCAUGGAGAAGCUCAACGGCACCCUGACAGAAUGGGACAAGACCCACGACAUUAAGGUCUACACCAACCUCAACGGCAACCGGACAACAGUCAGCUUUGCCUACUACCCACAGUUCUGGCUGCCGGCCAGCGAGAGGCCCGUGUUCGACAAGGCCCUCUACCAGCUGAUCCAGCACUCCCGGCCACUGGAGAACAGCGAAAACACGGUGCUGGUGGUGGGCGGCGUACACUGGCUUGCCACCCACCACCUGAAGGUGCUGCAGAAGGCACUGAGAAGGGAGGGGUUGAGUAGCAUUCGAAAGAUAAUGAAGAGCCUUGGAGCUGGUUUCCACCAGCCGGUGGAUGGCAUGCACUGUCUCUCAUUGCAAGAGCAGCGUAAGAUGUUCUACCACAACCGCGGCAUCCUGGACUAUGCCAAAGACCUUCAGUUUGAUGUGGUGGACACAUUCAACAUGACCAUGGCCAGAUAUCGAGAGUUCCUAUUGGGCAAAUGUGCCUGCCAUUUCCACAGGGUAAACGAAGUCAUUCCAGAUACCAGUGCAACUUCCAAUCCCAUCCAGACACUGUGGAAUUUCCUCCAGCCCUCGUCUGAGGGUAUCAACAGGGGUAAGACCAAGAGAGAAGACCGCCACCAGAGGGCGCACUACCACGUGACUGGUGAAAUCAACGCGGUAUACGCUGAAAUUUUGAUCAGCAGAAUAUGCAGUGCUUGAACUGCUGUGUUGAGUAUAAAAGAUUUAAUUCUAUCCUGACUGAAUGCAUCUCCAUCAUCCACAGACCUACAUGUACCAGCAAAGUCGUCUUAUCAGACCAAGGACAGAUCCAGAAGUGAGUUUUUUAGGGGCAGUUAUGUUUUACCAGAGGGCCAACUAGUUUACCAGUCAUGGCUUUUCUGAGACUUGAGGCUACUUUGUUGGGCUUUUUGCAUGCUUUGAGAAGGAAGGGAAAUAAACAAUCUCAGAAGAAUCUUAUUUCCCUAGUUAUAUCCCCCCCCCGAUCAGACUAAUGUAAUGCGUUCUUUCUCUAGUGUGCUCAAGACCAAAGACAAGGUUUCUUUGUGCAGAUCCGACAACCAACAGCAGAAUGUUUCUGAUUGGGGUCUCGGGGUACUAGACAUAAGUCUGUGUAGUGGGGGAACUAAAUGCAGGUGUGGGAACAUAAGACAGAACUUUCAAGAAGUUUAGGGGAGUAGCUCGAUUGCCCAUUUCGCCAGUAACAUCAUGAGGUGUUUUGGCUGCUCGUAAGUAGAGGAGGUAACCUUAUUACACAUAUUACCUUGCCAGAUUUUACCAGUAUUUAUUCUUCAGUAAACUCUUGCCAAAGUAUAACUACUUUGAUUAAUUUUGCCCGAACCAGACAGAAGAGAUGACAGAAAAUUUGAAAGCCGUUAAUAAUUUGGGGAAAUAACGGUAAUUUGUUUUAGUCUACCGGGACACUCUUCAUCAUGUGCUCUAGAUUCUAAUGCACUCUUUCCAGCUAAAACUAGGAUCCAGACGGAUUUGAUUCAAAGAUAAUUUACUCACUCGAGUAGAAUGCAGUUUCACUUCAGUUGCCACCGGAAGUGGUUCUCUUUCAGACUAUUUCAGUCUAAAUUUUCACUUUAGAUUGUUUGGUCCACAGUUUCACACUUGAUAUAUAAUAAGGUAUUUUGUCAAAAUAACACACUGCAUUAUAUCACCAAAUGACUACUAGUAACAGAGUUUUUAACUUACCACAGUUGUGCAGAAGUGUUUAAAUUUAUAGUGUAAAAAUGACUUUCCAGAUGCGAUGAGUGAACUAUACAUUCAAAUGAUGCAAAUUUGGUUGACCUUAUAAUUUUAUGUGGACACAAUGCAAUAAAGAUUUAAAACAAUGCUGACUGAUGAUAGAGUUUGUAGGAAAAAAACCACAACAGUAGCAUGAUUUUUCUUAACUUUCAUUGUGUACAUAAGAGCUAUAUAUUUAUAAAGAUGUUUUCUAACGACCAACGAUGCACAGUGUAAUCAUUUGUUUGAGGCUUCCAGCAUCUUAAGCUCGUUGAUGCAAGUAAAUAAAUGCAUUCAAACCAGAAACAAUUUUAA